AGGUUUGGCCUGUAAUGAGCAAAUUACAUUUUUCCAUUGACAAAAUAUCUUGUCAGGACAUGAGCACAGCAAUAAUCUGUGAGGGCAAAAGGUUCUGAUACUGGUCAUUGCAUGUUAGAAGGGUAUGUUUUUUUAAUUAUAAAGAACACAAAAUUGUCGUCAUUUCAUAUUAAACAACUGCUAUUUUGAGGAUCCUGCCUCUAUAUAAGGAUCUGAGCCCACUAAUCUUCUUCACAUCAAGCCAUCGAUAACCAAUAUACUCUUAAGAAGGAAAAAAGAAAAAUGAAGAAGCAAGUUUGCUCCAAUAUUCUUCUCAUUUGCUUUCUUGUUCUUCUUCUGAAUGGUGCAGAAUCCCAAACUUGCAGGCCUAGCGGCAAGAUAAGAGGCACGAAGCCUCCUCCAGGGCAGUGCAAUCAAGAACAUGACUCUGAUUGUUGUGUACAAGGCAGGAUGUACACCACAUACAAGUGUUCACCGCCAGUUACCGGCAAUACAAAAGCAACACUGACAAUAAACAGUUUUGCACCCGGUGGUGAUGGUGGUGCACCGUCAGAAUGUGAUAACAAGUAUCACUCAGAUGAUGAGCUGGUGGUAGCACUAUCUACAGGAUGGUUUGACAACAAGAGUAGGUGCUUGAAUUAUAUUACAAUCCAUGGAAAUGGAAAGAGUGUCAGGGCUAAAGUAGUUGAUGAAUGUGAUUCUACCAUGGGAUGUGAUUCUGAACAUGAUUAUCAGCCUCCUUGCCCUAACAAUAUUGUGGAUGCCUCAAAAGCAGUUUGGAAUGCCUUAGGAGUAUCUGACCCUGACGAUGUUGGAGCAAUGGAUAUCAAUUGGUCUGACGCUUGAGUUCCUUGUAUAGAAUAUGUCCAGUUUGCUGCUUAUGUAAUGUACUACUAAAAAUUACUAUUCUGUGUUGAAACUUUUUAUGGACUUUGAAGUAUGUUUGUACCUUAAUUGACUUUUCUUUUAUAUUGAAGUUCUUGGCCUUGUGGAAA